AUGCCUUCUUCUCUGGUGUCAAAUAACAUGAUCUUGUUGUUCUACCUCUUGUGGUCUUUCAAGUUUCAGGCUCAUAAUUUUCAAAUCAUCUCACUUGAGAAAUACCGAUUACCUAUCACCGGUGCUCAAUUAUAUGUCGCAUCCCCUGCUACAGAGCCAAAGAUCCACCGCUUCUCCAUGCCUCGAACUCAUUAUGUUUUAUGGGGAAAUGCCUGCGAGAUCCUUUCAAAUGUCAUAUUCCAAUCUUUAUCGCUAGAUAUCACACCGAAAAGUGGAUUUCGACGCGCCGUCACGACUCAUUUCAACCACUUUCACUGUUUCUCUCGCUCAAUCGAGCCCGAAGAAAUCAUCCGGCGUCACCAUCGAAACCUUCCCGGUCGAGCAGUGCAAAUUGGACGUAUUCGGAAAGGGGCCCAUUACCGAAGAUUCAAGGAAAUCGUCGCAGAAGUGGAAAGAGAAAAGUCUGUAAAAUGUAGAACAAGACAUCUAUACUGGAUAAGUAGGGUCAUCACCAAGUCCUGCACGAACAUGGGUAGAGACAGAAAACCCGAUCCGAUCAUCGAGUGGUCCAAAAGUUCCGCGCUGCUCGAGGAAUACCUGUUCCUCCGCAAGACAUUCCCCGAUCCCGCGGACUUUCCAUACCGGAAAUUGGGACCUGCACAAUCGUGGAAAGUGGUUCGAGGAUUACAUACUGGUAAAGAGUUCUUGAAAAGAAUUGGGAGAAGGAUCGAUGCUUUCGUACCCGAAGAUGACAAUAAUGGGCAAAGAGGCCCUUUCGAUCACGAUGCAAUGAUCAUUCAACCCGAACCCAUGACUCUCCACAACGACGCAUCGACCAAGGCGAAAGAAGCCGAAGAAAAAGCUAAAAAGGCAGCAGAAGAAUCAGAUAAGAAACUAGAGAGACUAUUGAGACGAAAUCGAUAUAAACUAGAGAGAGACGAUAAAAAACAUCAAAUCAAAGACAAGAAUCCCGAAAAUCCAUAUGCGCCAGCAAGGAGAGACGACGAAGAAAGUAUCGUUACCGAUAGUGAUUUCGCGGGAAAUUAUCAAGAUAAAAAUGAUGAAGAUGAUGAUCCACCUCCUGAGAAAAAGGCGCGCGUCCAUCAUCGUCAUCGAGAAUAUGUGCGUGCCAGUGAGGGCAGUGAUUAUCCUUCUAGCUUCGACUCGGAUUCUGGCUCCUCAUCUAUGACUUCUAUGUAUGCACCGUCGGUGAGGAGGAUUUAUGAUAAACAGGGUGGUCAUCGUAGUCGGCAUCGUGGUCGUGGUCAUCGUUCUCGUGAGCGGAUGUAUGCAAGUGAUGUUAGUAGUGAUGCGGGUAGACCUCCAAGUUUGUAUAGUUAUCCUUCGCCGCAUCAUGCUGGUUAUAGGUAUGGGUAG